AUGAACUGCCCAUCGAGGAUCGAGCAUGACCUGCACGGCGACUGGAACCAGAACCCGAAUGCGCUGAAUGCCGACGCUACGACGAGGAACGACCUUAACCACAUAGCCAACCUUAGGCGCUCGUCGAGGAGUAUAGAGCGCGACGAGGAGAGGGAUACUAGGAGUAGGGACCUCAAUGUCGGGGAAGAGGACCCAAGCAAGGGCUGGACCGAGGCGCAGAAGGAUGCGGAGAGAGUAACCAAUGCGUCGGGGGAGACUGUCACUAUGAGGGAGACGGAGAAAAACGAAUCUACGCCUGGCGGAGCAGUACAACCUGUAGACGCCGGGAUGGACGGCGAACAAGACUUCCGUGCUCUCUGUAAAGGCUGGAUCAAGCGGGUGCGGGCCGUCCUUGUCAAAUACAUCAAAUUCAUCGGACCAGGCUUCAUGGUCGCCGUUGCGUAUAUCGACCCUGGAAACUACGCUACGGACGUCGCAGCAGGCGCUGCUUUCGAAUACAAGCUCCUGUUCAUGAUCCUCGUCUCCAACAUCUUUGCCAUUUUCCUCCAAAGCCUGUGCGUCAAGCUGGGCUCCGUGACCGGCAUGGACCUCGCACAAAACUGCAAGGCACACUGUCCUCCCUGGCUCAACUACACGCUUUACUGCUUCGCCGAGGCCGCCAUCAUUGCGACAGACAUUGCCGAGGUCAUUGGUACUGCCAUUGCGCUCAACGUGCUCAUCAAUGUCCCCCUCGUCGCCGGCUGCGCUAUCAGCAUCGUCGAUGUCCUUAUCAUCCUGUUCUGGUACAGGCCCACGGGGACGAUGCGUGGAGUGCGCGCCUUCGAGAUAUUCGUCAUGUUGCUCGUUAUUGGAGUAGUCGUGUGUUUCUGCUUCCAGCUGAGCCUGAUAGAGGAUGCUUCAAUUGGCGCGGUGUUCAGGGGAUACCUCCCGAGCGAGGUUAUAACGCAGAGCAAAGGACUCUACCAAGCCUGCGGCAUCCUCGGCGCAACCGUAAUGCCCCACAGCCUCUACCUAGGCAGCGGCAUUGUGCAGUCCCGUCUCCGCGCUUUCGACGAAGCAAACCCCUCCCCGGCCGCCCCCUCCCUCGACGCCAAAUACCGCCCCUCGCUGCGCGCGAUAAAAUCCUGCCUCAGCUACAGCAUCGUCGAGACAGCCCUCUCCCUCUUCACCUUCGCGCUCUUCGUCAACAGCGCCAUCCUCAUCGUCGCCGGCGCGUCUCUGCACGGUACCGCCGCAGCCGAGGACGCGGACCUCUUCCAGAUCCACGCGCUGCUGUCCUCGACGCUGUCGCCCGCAGCCGGCACCAUCUUCGCGCUGGCCCUGCUGCUCAGCGGCACCUCGGCUGGCAUCGUCUGUACCAUUGCUGGGCAGAUGGUGAGUGAGGGCCAGCUGAACUGGAAAGUCAAGCCCUGGGUACGGCGGCUCAUUACGAGGAGUAUCAGUAUCACGCCUAGUAUUAUUAUCGCGGGGGCGGUGGGGAGGGAUGGGCUGAGUCGCGCGUUGGAAGCGAGUCAGGUCGCGCUGAGUGUGAUUCUGCCGUUUGUGACGGCGCCGUUGAUCUGGUUUACGUGCUGGAAUAAGUAUAUGACUGUUGCAAGUGAUGAAAGAGAAACUGGCGUGGCGCAGACGGGGAUGCGGAAUCAUUGGGUCACGGCUGGUGUUGCGGUGUUGAUCUGGGGGAUUAUCGUUAUUAUGAAUGGGGCGUUGAUUGUGCUUUCGGCUAUGGGGAAGACGUAG